AUGCGUGAACGAGAUGGAGAGUCUGGGGGAGAGAACGAGGUGUUUUCACUUCAGAAAGCUAUCAUGCCUGAGAAUGAGUCGGAAGAUGUUAUCAUGACAGAUCAAGCUCCUAUCGAAGGAAAAGGCCAAAGCCAACAAUCUGAUGAUACGCCAGACCUUCAAAUCACCUCGGUCAGGGCUCUCAGAUCAGCAAGCAAGCGGCAAAAGAAGACGGUCGAAAACGGAAAACUCAAGGGCGAGGGCUACGAAGCCAAAGCGGGUAGCGUUGAAGAAUACCUAGCGAAUGCCGCACUACAGUUGCAGAGUUGUCAGAGCAAUCUGGAGGAUGCAGAAAAGAAGCUAGCUGCAUCUAAGGAAGCUUUGAAAAACACCAAAGCCCAGCUGCAGAGCAAGAAAAAGGAUCUAGCCGCUUGCAAACGGAAACUCAAAACCUCCAAGCAUGUUGGCCGCGAUUUGAAAGCAAAUAAUAGGGACUUGCAAGAUUGCUUCACAGCCUCUCAAGUGGAGUUAUGCAAGUGCAAAGACGAUCUUUUCAGGAUGCAGACAGUGACUCAAAUCCCCGACUCCGCCAUUGUCAAGCGCUUCGAAUGCCUCAGUCAGCAAAUCGUUCAUUGGAUCGACACGCAGGUUGCAAUAUUUGAGAAAGCACGUCCAGAGGCCAAUCCAGACCAAAUUUUCUUAGUCGGAGAGGACAAAUAUGCUACAACCUUCCUACGACUCCAUCCGGGCGCAGGCGAACAUCUGGCAAGAUACUUGAUCCAUCGCUCUUUGCAAGACAACGUGUUUGGGCAGAAGGUAUACUUUUGGGGCUUGCCAGAGGAGACUGCACAAUUGCUGUGGAAAGCGGAGCAGAAAAUGGCUGAAGUUGAGCCGCCAAGAGAUUCCGUGACGAUCGCUAGCUGGCGUUCGGAGACACUCAAAGCACUUGCCAAGACCACAGAGUGUAACGACUACGGCAAAAAGCGAACCCAAGAGUUCAAUAGCCACCUAUUCAAAGAGCUAGGGAAGACUUUUCCUUUCAUGUUCUCCAGUCGAGAGGCUCACGCCACAUUCUACGACCAAGUUUUGCUUCCUGCAGUGAAGCUCGCGAACAUGAUCCGAAUAUCUACCUCGAACUAUGUCUUUUCGAUCCCAGAGUCACCUAUAACCGAAUGCAAGCCUGUCACCACGGACUUGCUCAAAGUGCACAAGAUGAUCGAUUCCAAGAGUGGGAGGCAGUUGAAGCCGGACAGCGCGGUGGUUGCCGACAAGGAUGGAUUCAUUGCAGACAUCGUCAUAUGCCUGGAGCCUGGUUUGUACCGCGUGAUCAAGGGCAAGGAGACGACUCUUCGCCAGAUAACGCUCCUCCUCGAGCUCAAAUCUCCAUUAUUGGCGAAACGCAGCAAGGCUUCGGCUUAG